GAGCCCCAACUAGAUCUGCUAAGCUAGACAAUCAAGCAGUACCUUUCAGCUGAGUUAAUUCCCUGCUUCCCCAAGGGAAAAGUGUCAGAGAGGUCUUGGGCAAGAUUUUUUUCUCAAAUUUUAAAAACUGCUAAAAGUUGAACUGGAAAAUACACACUGUGCUGGAUUAGAAAAAACAGCAUAUUUCUCCAACAGUCCAGAGACAUCAUUUUGGAGAAAUAUCAGUAUGACAAGGUCUGAGGCACAGAUCAGAAGAGAUGCAGCUGGACUUGAUUAGAUACCAGGUGAAUAUGAACUUCCUGGAAAACUCUAUGCCUGCCCUCUAGUGGAGCCUAUACAGCAAUGCAGAAUAGGCUUUGAAUAUUCCUAAAGCUCAGACCCCUGCAUGGGAUUAACUUGUCAACCCCUACUCUGUUUAUGACCAGUGUAAAUCUUCUCAUGAGAAACUGAUAAACACUGCAGAGAGCCAGCAAUCAGCAGUAGGCUGCUGUAUGCUAUCUGCCAAAGGGUAGAAACUUAUCUCUGAAGUGAUGUUCCUGAUGAAAAAUAAAGUUGCAAGAGGAUGCACUUCCCUUCAUGAUUGAUGAUCCCCUCUAGGUUUCUGGCUACCAUAGAAAUAUUUGUGAAGAGAUCUAACUUAGGAGAUGAGAUACUCAGAGCAUACUAGAGGUCUCAAAACGGAAGAAGGGGACACAAUCGUCAUAAGACAAAGGAGAAAGCAUAUUGUUUCCUGGACAUAAGUUCCUGUUGACUGAGUCAGCAAUGACACUCUGAGGUGUUCUUUCCCUGGCUGUGGCUGGAAGCUUUGCCAAUCGAACAGAAACUCAAAGAGGACAGAGAUCCAGGUAGAGUGGACCCACUUGGAUCCACCUGCUUCUGGAAGCCUAGGCUCCUACUUCAUCUGGUACACAGUGAAGUGAUGCUGCAGCUUUCCUGCCAAGUCCCUUUGCCAGGGACUACUGGAAAGGCAUCAACUCCAACCUCCCUCACUGAGCAAGAACAGCAGAUGAACAAGGUGGAUAAACUGACCCGUCAGCUACAGAUGAUGACCAAUGAAAGGAAUGAACUCUCUAUAAUCCUGGCCAAUUUCACCAACAAUGAUUUGAACAACAGGCUGAAUUUUGAGCUGGAGAUGUUGAAUAUGGAGCAUAAAAAAGUGAUGGUGGACCUGGAGAAAUUCCCUAAUGAGAUUCGUGAGGCCUUGAACAAGUGCAAGGAGUUGACCGAGGAAACGGUCUCCUACAGCAUCCUGCACAGCCAGCUCCUGAGUGAGUGGACUCAUCUGAAGGAAAAAGUGAGCAUCUUGAGAGAGGAGAACCGAAAGCUGAGGGGGGAGCAGAUUUCACUACAAGAGUCCUGUGAGGAGCUGAGGAGGCUCUGUGGGGAGGCCCAUGAGAAGAUCUAUGACCUCUGGGCCAAGGAAAAGCAGGAAAGAUUGGAGGACAGACUGCAAUACCUGCUGAAGCAGAGAGAUCUGGUCUCCAAGCACAAGGUCUUGGCAGAAAAGCUGCAGCAUUACUUCACUGUCUCCCAGAUGAGCACCACUUAAGAGAACUCCACUCUAGCAUCAACACCUCCUCAACAAAAGACAUCUUGUAGCUGUGAACUAACCAGUGAGGAAAAUCCCAACCUACCAGCAACCUACCAAAUAAUGUUGGUGCAUUAUUCCAGGAGAAAAUAAAUCAUCAGAAAGAAGCUUGAGCUACAGAGGACCUGCCAAGAUUACUCAGAACCCAGACAUCUAUUAACAAGUGGCCCUCAAACGGGACACAGCAGCAUGGGGAGGGUAUGUUGGUGAACCAGAGUUACUCUGUCAGUUUACUCUCCAUGUCUUUAGUAAACUGUCUGAGUCCUCCACAUGUGGUGAGAAAUCUGACAAGAAAGCCUGCAUGGCUGUCAUGCUGUUAUCUAUACAUACCACAUGGAGAAGAAUAGGAUUCCCUCCCCAGGGCAAUGCUGAAGCCAUCUCCAUGUCACGUGAAAGUGUUGCUGAAGAUGACGCACUGCAGAUACUACAGCACUCCCUCACACCUAUGUUAGUCAGUCAUCAGAUCUUCCAUCAAGAAAAUGACUAGGGAUUCUCCAGUGUCACAGCCUGGACUGGCAUGACUGGUCCUGAGAAAGAACUUAUAGAGGAGGUCUGAGUCAUCUUUGGUGCUUUGGAAAGCCAAAUGUACUCCAUUGAUUCGUUGAGUCUAGAGUAGAAGAACAUUUGUAGCUUAAGUUUUUGGAGGGGUCUUUUCUUUGCUGGGGUUUUGUUUGCUUGGUGUUUUUAGUUUAGUUUAGUUAGAAAUUUUGUUAUUUUUUUGUUAAUUCUUUUAUUCUUGUCAGUGUUUUAACAGUUGGUAAAUAUAUACACUGCAUUUACUGACUGCCUUUUAAAAAGUCCCCACUGA